CCGCGAUCGAUUCCGACGACUCUUACGUUCUCUCGUCGAGACCGCUAACGAAAAUGUCAAUUUUUCGUCGGGGAAAUUCUUCCGUGCAUUGGGAAAAUGUUGGAUAACAGAUCAGCACAGGCGAAAGAAUGGUGCUGUAGGCGAGGCAGUAGAGUUUCAUGACGAAAAAAAGUUCCGCUAAAAGACAUAUCGAAAGCGAUUAGCAAGCAUGGGUAGCACCUCGUCCAAAUUCAAAAAGUACCUGCAAAACGGCGACGAAUUCGCGGCGAUGCAAAUCUACCAAAGUUCACCGGAGUUGCGGAAGAAUCUCGACCCCAACACCAGCUACGGCGACCACCACAACCACAACACGGCGUUGCAUUACGCCGCCAAGCACGGAAUGAAGCAUUUGCUGAGGACUUUUCUGAACGAUUUGGGCGGCAAUCCCAACAAGAAGAACGCCGUCAACGAGACGGUGCUGCACUCGGCUUGCCAGCUCAAUCAAACGAAGAGCUUCAGCGCCCAGGAGAGGCGCGCCGCCUGCGUCCAGUUGCUGCUGUUCUGGAAAGGAGCUGUGCUGAACAACGGGACCAGGGAGAAGGUGGAUUUGACUGCCCAAGAUAAGGAAGGCAAUACUGCUCUUCAUUGGGCGGCUCAAACCGGUUUGAAGAGGUGCGUAGAGCUGCUGUUAGCGCACGGAUCGCCCUUUUUCGUAGAGAACAACGACAAAAUGACACCAUGCGAUCUGGCGAUGAGAGGCUCCCACCACGAUAUUGCCAGACUAUUAGAAAGUAGGAUGGUAUUCGCCGAUUCAUCGGAUGUGACUAACGAAAACGAAAUCAUGCUGGAACAAGAAGUCUACAGCGGCCUAAGAAGUCAAGACCUGCAAGAAGCUAAAGACCAGUUAUUGGUAGACACUUCGGAUAUGCUCAAGAUACCACUAUUCACGGCUGAAGCGCUUCUGAGGAACAAUGAAUGGUCGAAAGAAUUGUUAUUGGAGGCCUGGAUGAAGAAUCCCGUAGAAUGCUGUCAACUAGCCGGCGUCCAAGCCCCGACAUCCCUCUUGAAAACCGGCAGUUCAAUAGAGUCCAGCACCUCCACCGAAUCGUACUCUAUGGAUGAAAUGGACUUUCUGUGCGAAAUCUGCAUGUUUACCAUCUCCAACUGGGAUCAACCGGUGAAGACGUCCUGCAAACACAUGUUCUGCAAAAGUUGCUGGAAGAGUUAUCUGACGACCAAAAUACAAGACGGCGAUGCUCACCACAUCUUGUGCCCGGCGUUUGAGUGCGAUUUUUUAGUGCCCGUGGAACUGAUAGAAAAAAUAGUUACACCAGAAAUGGCCAGGCGAUACCUACAAUUCGAUAUAAAGGCUUUUGUGGAAAGCAACAAGUGCAUAAAAUGGUGUCCUGUGCCGGACUGUGGGCGAGCAGUGAAACUUCCGGAAGCGGAACGAGCGACAAUCAAUGGCCAGGCAAGCGGAAACACCGCCAACAAAGUUUUACCAGUCACUUCCCAUGCUGUGGACUGCGGCAAUGCGCAUUUCUUUUGUUGGGAAUGCUUAGGAGAAGCGCACGCUCCGUGCGGUUGCAAACAAUGGCAGGAAUGGCAAAUGCAAAUCAGCGAAGUCAAACCAGAAGAAUUGAAAGCCUCUUGUAGUGGAACUGAAGAUGCUGCCAAUUGCCUGUGGUUAGUGACUAAUUCGAAGCCUUGUCCCAGUUGCAAAAGCCCCAUUCAGAAGAACGAAGGAUGCAAUCAUAUGAAGUGUUCCAAGUGCAAAUACGACUUCUGCUGGGUGUGCCAAGAAUCGUGGAAACGACACAGUUCUGCCACCGGCGGUUACUUCAGGUGCAAUCGGUUCGAAGCGGUGAGCAAAGCCGACGAGAAACAAGGAAGCCUGAUCAUCGAAGCGUUGGAUAGAAAUAAUCAAAUGCAAGAGAUGUCCCGUUUCCUUCACUUUUACACUAGGUUUAAAAACCACGAAAACAGCCGAAAACUGGAAGAGAUUCUUCUGAACUCUGUCAAGCAGAAAAUGGAAGUACUGGCCAGUAGUUUAGGCCAAAGCAAAGGGGAUGAAGUUACUGAUAAAAGCACAAAAUUUAUAGAAGAUGGAGUUCGGGAACUAUUAAAGGCUAGAAGAGUCCUCUGCGGUUCCUACGUUUACGGCUUCUACCUUGAAGACGACGGUAUCAACAAAACGAUUUUCGAAUUUAUGCAGAAUGAGCUAGAAGAAGUUACCGAAAAUUUGAGCGAAAUGAUCGCCAGACCGUACUUACGCACACCGAAAGCUGUGAUAAUUCAGACGUCUGCUCUGGUGCGUCGAAAAAGACACGAAUUCGUACGAGCAGUGGAACAAGGUCUGAUACCCCCGGAAACGCCGCCUAUGCAAAGGAAAAGAAAGAAGAAGUACAUUGAUUCGGAUUUAUCCCAGACGUGUACUUGGUUAAAAGACUGCGAAUGGCCUGAAUAUGAUACAGACGAAGAGACUGACAUGGGGGUAGCCCAUAAGACUUUUUGCACAUGCAAAAGAACGAAGCAGGAAGAACAAAACAACAUUUGUAGUACUAAUUGCAACAAAUCCCAUUACAAUAUGGAAUUAAUAAUAGCACUAGAAAUGUCUCGACUUCAAAUGAUUGAAGACAGAAUGAAGCAAGCUCAAGCCAACCAACCAACAAUCACACCAGAUCCCAGCUCUAACAACAGUACGGAGAGCUCAUCCGACGAACAGUUAAAGCUAGCUAUACAAUUGAGCCUUCAAGAAUCAACAGCUGCUAUCAGCAAACACCUACAAGAAAAAGAACGAGCUAGUUUCGAAAUGACCUUAGCAAGUAUAAGUCCAGUCGAGAAAAUCACUAUGGAAAAAACCAAAGCCGAAAUAACAGUAGACUAUUUUUUAAAGUCGCUGACGAGCGAAAAUCUAGACAUAAGACAUUUAGAUAAACGAAGCGAAGAAGCCAAGAAGGUGGAAAUAACUCUGCCGUGCAAAGGGAAUGAGGACGGUACGUUCCACAUAUCUGAAAUUCACGAAAACGGAUAUGCCUUCGAAGACACUGACGAAUACGAAAGCGACGUCCGUCUGAAGCGCUCCCAUUCCACGGGGGAUUUGUGCGUACGCAGAAGCGGUCGCGGUAACGGCAGGAUCCAACCCAACUGCGACGAGCCCCGCUACCACCUGGAUUCAGACCACAGUAGCCAGCACGAGGAUAAGCCAGAAGAUGCCGUUAGGAGAUUGAUGGCCCAACCGUCAGUGCAGGCCAGAACAAAGCAAUUUAUGCUGUUGAGCACCAGCUACCCAGAGGAAGAUGAUUACCCAGAGGAAGACGGCUAUCAGGAGCAUAGCUCUGUGGACGACACCACCAUGUCCGAUUCAAUUAUAGCGGAUCAAGAGAUUUGUGGAAUUUUGAGUUCCACUACUGACGAUGAUAUUGGUAGUAAGACUUUUGCUGACGAGACCAAAAAGACUGAAGAAGUAGCCAAAUCGAGUGAGUACGGCAAGAAGCCGACGCCUAACCCCUUGUCUUCGUUGAAAGAAAAAUUGUGUUCAGCUCAUUUGCCUAAAACCAAUCAUUCGUCUAAAGUAGCGAUCAAUAAGAACAUAGGACUAAUUGGUGAGAACAAAGUUCGCAAAAUGGACGAUGAAAAACUGCGUCGAUCCGAAAACGGCGACGAAGCGAAAGUCGUGAUAAUAAGCGAAUGUAAAAGUGAGAAGCAAAGUCCUAAGAAGCAUCACAAAAGUUGCAGGAAGGCCAUCUUCUCUAGAUCGACUGGAUUCCUUGUGGAAGAACAAAAGAAAGCCAGCAAAGGUGCUUCUUCGAAACUUCGCAUCCAAAUUUGUGAUAAUCCUUUGAAACGCACAGACCAGUAUUUAGAAACUGACAGCUCCAACGAGUACGAAAGCGAAACUGGCAUCCCCAAGUCCCCGACACUUUUCAUCUCGGGCGUAUCGAUAUCCCGCACUCCAGAACCUAAACAUCCACCUUUAAGUCUCAUUCAAAACGGCAGGCCCUCUCGAUCCUCUAGUUUCAGCAUCCCGCUACCCCUAACGUCCUGUUCACUCAGCAUAUCGAGCACUAGCCUCAACAAUUGCUCCUCGCUGCCGCCCGAGCUCUGCUUCACGACGGCGAUCAAAAUAAGCUCGCCCGUUUCAUCUUCGUCUAAUCUUCAAACGCCCAACGUGAGCCCUUCCAGAUCCGCCGCGGAGGAUGGGAAACUCAAGAGCGCCACCGAAUCGGAGAGAGAUCGGGAAUUGUUCAGAUUUCCUAGAUCGUCGACGGACGGUGCUCUGAGUUCUGUUCUUCACGUUCAGGAGUCGAAUCUUAGCUCGGACGACUUCCACGAGGCGCUUUUCCUCCUGGAGAGGUCGCCGAAGACCAGAGAUUCGAAACGGAGGAAAAAGUCCAAGAAACGGGAAAAGGAAGAGAAGAAAGAAGAUCAAAGUUCUAUUUUGUAAAUAAACGUUGCUGGGGUAUUAGGAUAAAUGGUCAUUUUUGAUAGAAGUUUGGAGUAUAAAAUUUUCUGUCUAUAUACCUAUGGCUUGAAUUUUUCAGCUACAGAACAUCCACCAUUUAGAAGAUUCUUCAUUCAUCCAUUUUUUCGUUUUCUUCCUAUACUUCACCAGCAUUUGUUGCCAGACAUUAAUGGACUAAUUCUUCGGUUUUUUAUACCGUACAUUUCCGUGCAUCUAUAAUUUCGACCUUUAUCAAAAAUGCGAACUUAUCUCUCUUAAAAAGACUGUCUAACUGUUAGUGAUAUGUUUUAAAAUAAAAAUAAAUUCUACACGAGACCGUGAAUUUGUGAUAAACGUUGUGGAAAACAUUGUGACCAAAAACCGUAAAUUUGUAUAAACAUAAAAGAAUAGCUAAAUAUUAUUUAGGUAAUUUAUACAGCAAUUAUCAGACUGAUUUUCUGAAAAAUAAUAGUGCGUUGACUUCUUAACGCGAGUAAUGAACAUUUUGUUAUCGUAAGAGUUUAUUUGUCACUUCAUAAUUGCACUUUAUUCAACAAGAACUUCACAUUCAUAGUUGAUUGAGUAACAACUGUUGUUAAUUUUCUUCUCAUAUAUCUAGGCACUACAUGCUAACAUCAGUAGCACAAAAUUCCAUUAUAAUCUGUACAAGACUUAAGGAUUUUUUAGGUUAUAUUAUUUUGUUAAUUGCUGUAUAAGAUGUGCAACCGCUUUUUAAUAUAUGUCCAAAUCUAAUUUUCUUAUUGAAUUAUCAAUUACCUUAUUGUACACAUAAUGAUAUCACAUCAGUAUUAUUUCAAUAUUAUGUACCCACCUAUACAUAUGUAAGUAAAUAUCCUUUAAAAAACAAACGCUGUAUCAAAAAACACAAAACACAGAAUAGAAAGCAGAUGUUUCAUUAUUCAAACAAAAGCGACUCGUUCAGAAAUAAACUAAUACUAAGUUCAUCUAUAAAACAAAAAAAAAUACAUUUCAGUUAGAAUGGAACUCUGGAAGUUCAUCAUAUAAUCGACUAAAAAAAUCAUUUACAAUUUUUACCUUUUCUAUUUUUUGAUGAAUAAAUAUGGAAAUGUCUGUUACCUGUUCAAAAUACUCGCAAUUAAGAGAAGGAAGAUCUCAAUUUUCAAGCUUGUAAGUCUGAAAAUAUUUACAAUAAAUCCAAAUUAAAUAUACUCACAAUGUAUAAGACAAGUAGAACGUGAUACAUAUUAUUAUAUUCACGAAGUGAUAUGACUUUAUAUAAAAAAUAUUAUUUGUAGUUUUUAGUUUUUAUAUGAUUGUAUGUAUAUACCUAUGUAACGUGUAUCUACUUCAGAAAUUGUAUAGACAUUAUUAAAAUUAUAAUGGUAGUUAUCGAAACUAACCCUUUCAUGCUGUCGAAGCGAUAGUAUAUUAGUUAUUUAGAGGGUGUACUGAAACAAACCACGAACAAUUCUUUGAAUGGGCUAACUGAAUAUACAGGGCAAUUGCGCCAGCGGGCGAAAUUGAUCGAUGAAGUGAAGGUAUCUACUGAAAUCGUCAUAAAGGUUUAAGAUAUAUUUCUGUGAUGUAUUUAAUAAAGAAACGUUCCGC